AUGGCGAGCCAUAGGCUUAGUAUCGCCUUCGGUGGAACCUUUAUUAUUGCGAUCGUAUCUCUGCUCUUCCUUUCGUUCGUCCGUGACAUCGACGAGCUUCCCGGUUUGGACGCCAGGUACCAGUGGGCAGACCGGGAGUUUGCUGCAGAUGACAGUGUCUUCCUUCUGGGAGCCGGAAAGGCCGACAUCACAGGGCCUGUCGUCGAGGUAGCGUUCGGGGGUUAUGCCAGCCUGACUCAGGUCGGAACUGGCCUCCGACAGAGAAUCUUCUCGCGUGCUUUCAUCGUAGCAAACCCGAGAAACCCGAAUGAUACCUUCGUCUACCUGAUCAUCGACUCCUUGACGGGAGAUACUGCAGUGCGCCAUGGGGUUCUCGAGGGCCUUGCCAGCUGGGGUGGUGACUAUGUGCGGUAUGGUGAACACAAUGUCGCCCUCACUGGCACCCAUUCGCAUUCGGGACCGGGCGCGUGGAUGAACUAUCUCCUUCCGCAGAUUCCCAACUUGGGCUUUGAUAAACAGAGCUAUCAGGCCAUUGUAGACGGGGUUUUGCUGUCCAUCAAACGGGCUCACGAAAGCUUGUCUCCUGGGCGUCUCCGAUUUGGCUCCAUCGACCUUGAGGGCGCAAAUGUCAAUCGAAGCCCGUACUCCUAUGAUCACAAUCCCGAAGAGGAAAAGGCGCGGUAUUCCGCUAAUGUGGACAAGACGAUGACGCUCCUGCGCUUCGAUCGGGUCGCAGACAAUAAAACUACGGCCGUGCUCACAUUCUUCCCCGUACACGGCACAUCCAUGUAUAAUAACAACACGUUGGUGUCCGGGGACAAUAAAGGAGUGGCGGCGUACCUCUUCGAAAGGAGCGCUCAGGGCGACGAAAAGUUUGCCGAGAACUUCAUUGCCGGCUUUUCCCAGUCGAACGUCGGUGACACGUCUCCGAAUAUCCUGGGAGCGUGGUGUGAGGAUGGCUCUGGCCAGAUGUGUCGGUAUUCAGACAGUACUUGUGGAGGUAAGACAGAGGACUGCCACGGCCGCGGCCCUUAUUUCCGAGAAAAGGACAACGGCGCAAAGAGCUGCUUUGAGAUUGGCCGCCUCCAAUACCAGGCUGCGAGCAAACUGUAUGAUCAGUUGAGCUCCAGCCCCGUCCAGAUCCUCAAGAACUCCGACGUACGCGCCUUCCAUGUCUACCACGACCUGUCAAACUACACUUUCAUAUCACCAUUCAAUUCCAACACGGUCAAAACGUGCCCUGCUGCACUGGGAUACUCCUUUGCUGGCGGCACAACCGAUGGCCCAGGGGCGUUCGAUUUCACCCAAAACGGCACGGGUCCGGCAGAGUCCAAUCCAUUAUGGAAGAUCGCCCGAGCUUUUCUCCAUCAGCCAACAAAGGAGCAGCAGGCAUGCCAGAAACCAAAGGAUGUGCUCCUAGAUGUGGGCUACAUGACGAAGCCAUAUCCGUGGGACCCCAACAUUGUGGACAUACAAGUGCUCAGAGUGGGCCAGUUAUUCAUCAUCAUUUCAACCAGCGAAGCAACCACGAUGUCCGGCCGGCGCUGGAAGGAUGCCAUUGCCAAAGGGGCAAAGGAAGUGUUGUCUGUUGAGGAGCCACUGGUAGUCCUUGGCGCCCCAUCGAACAGCUACGCGCACUAUGUGGCCACCGAGGAAGAGUAUAACGUCCAGCGGUACGAGGGUGCCUCCACCCUCUAUGGGCCCAACACGCUUGCGGCCUAUGUGAACCUGACUCUCACAUACUUGCCAUAUCUAGGCGACAGUGCUGGACUCCCGCAAAUCCCCGCGGGGCCCCAGCCACCAAUCAAUACAGAAAGGUCACUGUCAUUCAUAACAGAGGUCGUUUAUGACAAUAGUCCCCUCGGGAAAAAUUUUGGAGAUCUCCUUUCGUCCUCGGGUGGCAGUACCUACAGACCAGGCGACAUUGUAAAUGCAACGUUCGUUGGAGCCAACCCCCGGAAUAAUCUGCGACUUGAGUCGACAUUUGCUGCUGUCGAGCGGCAAAAGUCUGGCUCCAAUGAUUGGGAAGUCGUGCGUACGGACAAAGACUGGAAUCUGGUGUACAACUGGAAGAGGACGAACACCAUACUGGGGCAUAGCGAAGUGACGAUUCAAUGGCAGAUCGAGGACGACUUCUACAAUAUCGGGGACCCUCACACGCUUCAGGACGGAACAUAUCGCCUCCACUACUAUGGAGAUUUCAAGAGCGCCCAGGGUGACAUUGGCGCCUUCGAAGGAAUAGGUCCCUCGUUCAAGGUUGUGUCCAGCUAG